GACAGUUAAAGGCUGGACCCCAGGGAAUGAGAUAUUUCUGUGAAGCUUUUCUCCUCUGAUCUCUGGGUUUAUUUCAACUCUAGCCUUGGUCCCCAUAUGAGUGGCCAGUCCUGGUCAUGGAGGAAUGCCAUAAAGUUGACUUGACUUAUAUCACAGAACGCAUCAUCGCCUUGCUCAUCCCCCAAGCAUGCCCAGAAGAGACCUACCUACAGAACCUGCAGGACUUCACACUCAUGCUCCAGUCCAAGCAUGGACAAAACUACCUGCUUAUCAACCUCUCAGAGAUGAACAACAGUCUAUCUCAAAUGACCCACAAGAUUUUGGACACAGGUUGGGUGGACUCCUUGGCUCCUCACCUGGAUCAGAUUUGCAGUGUGUGCAGGACUAUGGAAAACUGGCUCCAAACACACCCUAAGCAUAUGCUGGUCUUACACUGCAGGGGAGGCAAAGGCAGGCUUGGAGUAUUGGUGGCUUCCUACAUUCACUUCACUAACAUAUCAGCCAGUGCAGACCUUUCUCUUGACCACUUUGCCAUGAGGAGAUUCUACAAUGACGCAGUGUCCACUCUGAACCCCUCUCAAAAACGGUAUGUGUGGAUGCUCGGUAGUCUGUUUAAAGACAUGUUGAGGAUGAAUCCCUCUCCAUCCUUCCUUCUUUGCAUUGUUCUUCAUGGUCUUCCCAAGACUAGACAAGAGGGAGGUUGCUGUCUGUUCCUGAGGGUAUACCAGAGUCUACAAGCCGUCUGCACCUCGGCGGUCUAUCAUGUGCGAGCGGGCCAGACAGAUCGGCUCUACUACGUGCUCCAGCCAGCUCAGCUCCUCAAAGGGGACAUAAUGGUGGUUUGCUAUACUAAAGACAGCCAGGCAGCCAGUCGCCAGGUCAUCUUCCGUCUCCAGUUUCACACAGGCAUUAUCCGCGGACACACCCUCACCUUCUCAAAGGAAGACCUUGACUGUGCCUAUGAAGAUCCAAGGUUUCCAGAGAACGGACAGGUGGAACUGGUGUUUUCAAACAGUCCUGAGAGGAUUACAGGCAGGGAUCUGUGGCAUAACAGAGACACUGUAAUGAUGGACUACGAUACCCGGGACCCAUUGGUUAGACGAGAUUCAUAUCAAGACAUAUCACCUCCUAGAUUUGCCAGCCACGUAUGUAUUCUUCUUUUCUUCCUCUCUGAAGUGGGAGACCUGUCCAAUGAGCUCGUGAGGCAUUUCCUGAUCGAGUGCACGCAGAAGGGGGUGCGACUCAAAGGCUGCCCCAACGAACCCUACUUUGGAAGUCUCACUGCACUGGUGUGUCAGCACUCCAUCACCCCUUUGGCGUUGCCCUGCAAACUCAUCCUUCCUGACAGAGACCCCACAGAGGAGCUGAACGACUCGUCUCCACAGACAGCCACCAACUCGGCGGCUGAGCUGCUCAAACAGGGAGCAGCCUGUAAUGUGUGGUACCUGGGCUCCGUGGAACUGGAGUCACUGACAGGACAUCAGGCAGUUCAGAAGGCGACCAGCGUGAUCCUGGCCAUGGACCCCCUGCCUACCUCCACCGUGGUCCAUUUCAAAGUGUCCGCUCAGGGCAUCACACUCACAGACAACCAGCGGAAACUUUUCUUCAGGAGGCACUACACCGUCAGCACAGUCAUAUUCUGCUCCCUGGACCCACAGGGCCGCAAAUGGAAGAAAGACAGUGCUUGUAGUGCAAAGAUCUUUGGGUUUGUGGCGAGGAAGUCUCAGAACGGGACUGAAAACGUGUGCCAUGUGUUUGCCGAGCACGACCCCGAGCAGCCAGCCAGCGCUAUCGUCAACUUUGUCUCGAGGGUCAUGAUCGGGUCUCACAAGAAGUAGAGGACUCGCAGUAAGUGAAGCUGCAAGGACAAGGGAUCAGCGUUCCUGUUCCGGGGAUAUGAAAGCGAUGCUUGCAAAGGUGACCAUGGACUAGCCUCUUCAGGCAUCUUUAUUCCCAGCUUCCCAAACUCAAAAAAAAAAAGAGAAAAAAAACCCCCAAACAAACCCAGAUGCUCCAACACAUGGUUUUGUUGGUACUUGCUGCACUAUGCCUUUGUGGACUUUAUGGAUAUUCUCUACAUUACAGGCUCUCGCCACCAGAUGGAGCAUACGCUUUUCUGUCAUGCAUAUACUGUAGUCGGACUUGCAAUUGGUGCAACUUGCAGCCAUUCAAAUCUGAGAUAACUGCUUAUGGUUGAGUCUCCGGGGGGAGGUUUUCUUUGUACAUAGGAUUAAAUAAGUAUUGUAAAAAGAGAUGCAAAGUGAAUGUCAGAUAUUGGUGUUGUAUCAAUAUGCUUUCUCUGACCAUUAGUUUGUACCCUAUCGUCUGUACUGUGCCUUAUUAUGUUGUCAUUGCACCAAAUAGGCAGUGUAAGCAGACAAACAUAACAUGCUUAGUUUUAAUUUAACUUGGAAAAAUAAUAUACAGUCACCAGGUGAACACGUUAUUUUGGAGUAUUUUUUUUAUAUUCUGUUAAUGUUAUUGCACGGUUAAAUGUAUGUACUAGGUUUCCUAACCACUUCUGAUACUUCUAUAAGCACAGGCUGUUGUGGGCACCUUCAGAUAUCAAUCUCAUUAUAUUCAACUAAUUUUGCUGUCACAUGGCCAAGGCAAGGAUAUAAAUUUAGGCACUAUUAACAGACGAAGUCAAUGACUUGGUUUUCUCAUACUAAAGAUGGACUCUAUGUUGUGUUUAUAUAUUGCUUAAAGUAUUUAUCCCUUAUCACAGGUGUACCUAAGUGAACCCUUUUUUUCUACAUACUUGUCAUAUAUUUUUGUAUGCUAACACAUACCGACGAUUAAAUUUGAAACAAGUGUACCUCAAA